AUGUCGACACACUACGACGCGAUCAUCAUUGGCUCUGGCCAGGCCGGUGGCCCUCUGGCUCAAGCAUAUGCCAAAGCAGGACGUCGAACCGCGCUGAUUGAGAGUUCACAUGUUGGAGGAACAUGUGUCAACGAAGGGUGCACGCCCACAAAAACAAUGGUCGCAUCGGCCAGAAUCGCCCACCUGACCUGCCGCGCACAAUCAUACGGGGUCCAAUUCAAGAAGAGUUCCCUGAUCAUGAACAUGGAGACUGUCCGAAAACGCAAACGAGACAUCGUUGAUUCAUUCCGAGGCGGUGGUGAGAACAGGCUCAAGUCCACCCAGGGACUCGACUUGAUCAUGGGCAAGGCGAAAUUCACCGGGCCCAAGUCCAUCGAAGUGGCCAUCAACGGAUCAAACGAGGUGAGGACCCUCACCGCGGAUGAAAUCUUCCUGAACACGGGCUGCUCGCCUGCGAAACUCGACACCAAGAACGCCGAUGCCGUCACCGGACUUCUGAACUCAACCACAGUCAUGGAACUUGGCGAAGUGCCACGCCACAUCGUCGUAGUGGGCGGAGGAUAUGUAGGUGUCGAGUUUGCCCAGAUGCUGAAGCGGUUUGGAGCAAGAGUCAGCAUCGUCCAGCGAUCAGACCGACUCCUUCCCCGAGAAGAUCCCGACGUCUCGGAAGCCGUGAAGCAAAUCCUCCUUGAUGGCGGUCUGGACGUGUACACCAGUGCUCAGGUGACCGACGUCGGUAACGUCACGCUGGGCCAGAUCGUCAUGUCCCUGAAGCUGAGCGACGGGAGCAUCAAAUCGCUGCUGUGCUCGCACGUUCUGGCCGCCGCUGGACGAGUCCCAAACACCAAAGAUCUGGGUCUGGAAGCCGCUGGGAUCGAGGUCGACAAACAUGGUUUCGUGAAAAUCGACGAGCACCUACAGACCACGAAUCCGAACGUCUAUGCCCUGGGAGACGUCAAAGGCGGACCGCAAUUCACGCACGUCUCGUACGACGACAUGCGGAUCGUGCGACACAAUCAGCUCACGUAUGCCAAUAGCGGCGAGAAGGCGUCCAUCCAGAACAGACUCGUCCCGUACACCGUCUUUAUGGACCCUCAACUGGGCCGUGUCGGGCUAAGCGAGACAGAGGCCCGUAGCCAGUUCCCUGGGAGGAAGCUGAAGGUGGCCAAGAUGCCCAUGGCUUAUGUUGCGAGAGCGCUCGAGACGGAUGAGACGAAAGGGUUCAUGAAAGCCGUGGUGGACGCCGACACGAAAGAGAUACUCGGCUUCGCAUGUCUAGGUAUCGAGGGUGGCGAGAUCAUGAGUAUGGUCCAGCUGGCCAUGAUGGGUGGCAUGACAUAUGAUGAGCUGGAGAGUGGCAUUUUUGCUCAUCCUUGUCUCAGUGAAAGCUUGAACAAUCUUUGGGGUUUCUUGGAGUGA